AUGGAGGUGGCCCAGGCCGGGAACCCCAUUGAGGCCUCUGAUAUGGAACAGAGUUCAUCAAGUGAUUCACCUGGAAGGAGAAGUCCCGUAGAACUGUUUGUAGAUAUGGGGGAAAAGGUAGAGGCUCUUUGUGGAAGAGUUUCAGUUGACAUUAACCGUGCUCUUACUGCUAAGAGACAAAGACUGGAAACAAAUACUAAGUCUUUGGAAGGAAUUGACCAGAAUAUGAAACAAGUUUGGAACUCACGUGAAGAUGCUGUGGCAAAGCUUAACGAAGAGUCUGCUCAGGCAUUUACAAAUCUGUUUCAGCAAUGGGAUUUGGAUUUUCAGAAAGUGCAGGAAAAAUAUGUAAAACUAAUGAAUGAUUUUCAACAGGAAGAAAAGGCUUUUCAACAGUGUAGACUCGUUCAGAGCAAGAGACUGAAAACAAUUAAACAAAUACAUGAGCAGUUCAUAAAGAAUUUGGAGGAUGUGGAGAAGAAGAACGACUGUCUGCUUAUGGAUAUACACAAUGAACUUAAAGAAGAAAUGAACAGGCUGCGAAGAAAAAUUAUGAAAGAAUCUCAUCAGCAAGAGAUGGUUAGCCUUCAACAGGCUUUUCAGUCCAUGAUGCAUCCUAAGGAACACGGUUCAGGUGCCAGCGAAUAA